AUGCAACGCCCUUUUCCCUCCCUUUUCCCCUUCAACGACCUUCCUCGCGAUAUUGGCAUCUUGGUUUUAGAGCAAUGCUCGCCAUACGAUCUCGUUCAGCUCUCCGCGACAUCGAAACGCCUUCGCAACAUGAUACUUUUGAAACACGUCUAUCUUUGGAAUAGGGCCAGAGCCAAUCUUGAACGCAGUGGAAUCUCUCUUACUCUUCCCCCUUGUCCUCAAGUCCCAGCGUCCGGCAACUUUUCCGAAACAGCCUACGCAACUUUUCUCUUUGGCGGAGGAAUGUGCACCCAAUGCACAAAACCAACUGCGCGCCUCCCUUGCAUAUUCUUGUUUCGCUCGAGAGCUUGCUCGGUAGCUACGCCUAGCCUUCUACCACAUUCAACUCCUCACUCCUCUCAGCGUAGAUGCAAGCUCGAUAUCAUCUCGAAUUUGGCUGUGGAUUGGAUCCAAAUCCAAGAUACCACGCCGUGGGGACGUUCGCUUCCGAAGAUUCCAUACCAAGUGGUCGCAGGCGUCGUCUAUUACGCAUUCGACUGGAAGGCUAUCCAACUUGCUAGGCAGGAGCAUGACGAAGCUAUUGCUAGAACCUGCGGCGCAGCUCCGACCCACCCAAUAUCGUUUCGUUCACGAAUGAGGCAUCAACUCGAGGAGGAAUACAUCAAGCGCGAGAAAUCAGUUCCCAUAUUGACACAGAAUGCCGAACAGCUCAACUUGUGGGCAGCAGAAUACUGUGAUGAGCAAAGAAGAGUUUACUACCGCAAUUUGAAGUUUCUACAACGGGUUGUAAAGCUGGCGGACCCGAAAAUCAGCGCCAGCCAGGUCAUCAAAUCCGAAGUCUUCGGGCCCAUAUUCUCUGCGUUCAACAGAGACCUGGAAGACAUCACUCUGACCGUUUGGCAACACCAUUGUUCGGCGGUUAUGACAGAACUCAAGCCGAGCUUCAAGAUUGCCUGUCCGUACUGCAAGCGUUCGAUCCAUAUCGAUGGAUUGCAUAUUCAUGUUGUUGCGAAACACAAUGACAUCAACAAAGUUCGUUUGUCUACCCCGUCCGGUAAACUUGCUUGUUUUGAAUGCCCAAACUCGGGUCGGGUGUUUACAGAGAAAGGCCUUUCAGAUCAUCGUCGCACCAAACAUCCAGACUAUCCCAGGCGUGUGCCAUCUGAGAGCGUUGAUUAG